CUCCUUUCUAUCGCGGUCCGUCCCAACGAUGGUUUCUUCGUCGGUUGGUGGAGGUGGGUGGUGGCAGGCCAUCUGCCACCGGUCUCCCUGCCUAUGCAAUCGCUCGAUCCUCUCGAUCGAAAGGGUUCCCAUCCGAUGUCGUCCACCGGCGGCGGUUCCGGGCUUCGGAUCGCGGCUGUGGCGAAUGGAUGCGGUGAAGGAGGAGGAGGAGGCGGAGGGAAUUGACCACUUCGGUCGGCUGCCAGAAUCCGUGCUGCUCAUCGUUUUCAAGAUCGUCUCCCGCCGCUUCCACGUGCUCGUCCCCCUGAUCGAAUGCCUCCUCGGCCACGUCGAUUGCGUAAUCUCUGACGAACCAUCCUCCGCCUCCGGGGCAAUUCCCGCGGCGUCUUCUCCCACGUGCCCGCAUUGUGUUCGGCGGCAUUGUCAAACCUUUGCAGGCCAUCGGCCAGAUUCUCGCCCCCCUCCGCCGUCGUUGCCACCAGACCGAGGUGCUCGCUGUCCUCCCUCUCGUCGUCAGUGGUGUCCCACCACUCCCGGUUGGAGGUCGUGAAGAACCUUAAUGAGAUCCGUUGCCUCCGGACCGAGCUCCCUGUUGGAGAGCUCGACGUCGGCGACGGCGUCCUUUUGAAAUAGAAGGUCGAAUUGUGGUCGACCCUCCACAGCUGCGUCUUACUUGGCGCGUCUUCCAUCAUCCCCUCGUCUUCCAUCUCGCCCAAAUCCUUGAUCGCUAACCUAAUCCUAGCUUCCAUGUUGCUUGUGGAGGUGAUGAUAGCCGUAGCAUCUCGGAGUUGUACACCAAUUGAAGCUUGAAGCCUAGGGUGUUUUGGAUGACCAGCUCCCUGAUAGCCAUCUCGGCACAGCAUUACCUCUGGUCGAUCACUUUAGAGCACGAGACGCUGGAGAACUUAGAGCUCAUGAACAUGGAUGGUCAGGGGGUGCUAACGACGGACCAGUAUCAGCAUCAACGAGUUGCCAUCAAACCGUCGUUCCAGCACUCUCAUCUGGAGCUUCCUGGAGGAUUGGUGCUGAAGAGGGCAACACUGGUGGCCGUCAAGCCAAGCGAGGUGUGGGGUAGGGAAGUUGCCAAUGAUGGAGGUUGUCAACAAGCUAUAUGGAUUUCUAAUGCAUUUGAAGAUCCAUAUAUACAGGUCUUCAGGGAGGAUGCUUGUCAAGAAGAGGAUUUUCUAUCUGGAGAUGAGUUCCAUAUCGGGUUAGAAGAGAUAAACUUAAGAGACAUUUGACCUUUUACAAAUCUCAACAACAACAAAAGAUCCAUAUAGUUGAUCCUAACUAGUUGGGAGUGGGAAACUCUGUCUCCUAUCCCAUCUUAAUGAUGUGUUGAGGGGUUCAUGAGGGAGGAAUGUCUUCGAGAGAGAUAGCAUGAACAACAAGCAUCUCAUGUUUGUUCAUAAGUGUUGACAUCUGGUCUAUAAUUCAAUGCUACAUGAAGACAUAUGAUCGGUAAGGCAAUUACUAAAUGAAGAUUAAGUGUCUCCACUAAAAUUAGGGUGGCAAUUCACAAUUUAAUGCCAGAUGUUCAAUAGGCAAGUCUCUGUUUUUGUCAGAAGUGCUAACUUAUACCUGUGUAACUUUCAAGUCUUAUUAUAUCAAAUCUUGGUGCUAUAAGUUUCUUAUGGAAAAUGUUAUUCUUACUUUAUGUAUCACAUAUGAUAUGAAAUUAUUUCUUUUUUUGUGUUGCCACAUGCUGAUCAGCAAUUAAGAUUGUUGUGAUGCUGAUGACACUUUGCUUUAUUACUUGUUUCAGAUACCAUGAACAACAUGCAUCUCAUGUUUUUUCUUUUUGUUUUGCUCAAGUUUUCAUAUAUGAUCAAUAAGUCAGUACUAAAUAAAGAUUGAGGGUGGCAAUUCACAAUUUAAUGGCAGAUGUUCUACAGGCAAUGGUCUGUUUUUGUCUUGUAUCAUAAGUGACUCUGUAACUUAAGAUGUUGACUUUUGGUCAAAUCAAUUUUAUCAUGUUUACUUUUUAUUAUUUGUGUGCAGAGAGGGGUGCUUAGCAAAAGUCAUCUCAUCGAAACGUGUCGGAUAUGUGCGCUUCGUUUUCCAUUGCCGUGUUAUCACAUUUUGCUACAAGUCAAUUGGGCUCGGUAAGCAUUAAAGAAGGCAACAGGAACGUCCACCCGUUCGUUCCCCAUUGUUGAGCCGGUCAUCCCUUCCCGGCCGCCAGCCAUAUUCGACCCAAAGUUUACAUACAACGCCCCGCGCCUGCUAUAGUCGCCGACGUCGACUCUUUCAUCGAGAGGAUACAGGCGAUGAAGCCAUGGAUCAAGAUCCUGGUCAUGGCGCUCGCCGGCGCCGUCGUCUUCCUCCUCCUUCCCCUCCUGUUCUGGUGUCGUCUGCGUCGGCGACUGGUUCCCCGGACCGCGGAAACGAGUCCUCCUCAGAGCCUGCAAUCCGGGAUCGCCAGGCUUCAGCUCGCCCACGGAUCGAACACCAGCGGAAAGGUGGGUCGUCUCUUCCACCACCACCUCCACCACCGCCCGAGCCAAGGCCAGGACCAGGACCACGUGCCGACACCUUUCUGUUGGAACGACCAUCCCGGGCUCGUGGUGGAGGCGGUGGAGAACGGGUGGUCGCGGUUCGUGUUCGCGGCCGGGCGAUCGCCGGACCACUUGCACCCCCGCUGCGCCCCGGUCUGGGGCCUGUGCGUCGUCUGCGACGGGGAGAGCGACUCCGUGGAGACGAGCUGGGAGGUGCCCGUCGGAUCGGCGGACUUCCUGCAAACGGUUCGGCUCAAUCCGAGGGCGCGGAGGAGCGGCAGCACUGGUAGCAGUCCACUCCUCCACGGCGAAUCUAUCUCCAUCGCGAGGAUGCUUCUCCCCUUGCCCGGCCCGUCUCUGCGCGUCUCCUCCUUCCCGCAAGAUGCCUACUUCGAGAUCACCAUCUUGUACCUGAAACCACACCAACAGCAGCAAUCGUCUUCUCGCGCCAGCAGGAGGGCCAAAGCCGACGCCGGCGGCGAGAGCGAACGCGCGAAGCUGAUCGCCGGCAAAUUCUUGGAAUCCCCGUCCGACUCCACGGCCCAUGACACCGUCACUCCCACCGUAAUCGACAUCAACAGUCCAAACCACGGAUCCAAAUCCACCAAAGAGGAGGGAGGCAAACAGAGACACAGCAGUCUUCUCUCCUUUGGCCUCACCCAUGGCGGUUCGCUUCCCAGUCGACCAUCGCCCGGGACGUAUCGGGGAUCCAUCGGCUUCCACUCCGACGGCUCUCUCCAUCUCGACGGAAUGAAGCUGGUGUUCGAGUCGGAGAAGGCCGAGUGGGCAGAGGUGAACAGGGUGAUCGGCUGCGGCUUCGACCCCAGCAAGAAGAAGGUCUUCUUCACGGUGGACUCGGAGCUGAAACACGUCAUCCACUGCAACUCCGACACGUACAAGGCCCCGCUGUUCCCGCUGAUCUCAGCAAACGCCGACGCCAUGUUGCUGGUCAAUCUGGGCCAGAGCAAGUUCAAGUACGAGCCGGCAAACGCACGUCGAACGCCGAAUCCCUGCUUCAUCCGCUCCUCCUCGGUCGACGGUGGCGCCAACACCAUCGGCUACGAGGACAGCCGCGAACUGUUCUCGAUGGGGAGGAUCGACUCCGAGUGGGUUGAUGCGGUCAAGAAGAGCCAGAGCAGCAGCAGCAGCAAGAAGAGCAACGUGAACUACAACAACGACGGCAGCACCGUCAUCGAUGUGGAUGCCGAUUCUGAUCUCUUCGAGAUCUCCCUGCACAUUUGACAGAUCAUGUUGUGCUUAGAAAAAUGUUACGACUCCAGCGGUGGAAGCAGACGUCAUUGGAUUGCUUGGUGCUGGUGACGCCGGCCAUUGCAGGUGUGUGAUGGAGAGAGAAAAGAUAGCAACACGGAGAGUCGCAUAUCGCGUCUGUUGUUGCACUAAUGAUUCAGGACGCAAGAAAACGAGAGUGCUUUCUUGCGAAGAUAGGACUGACAUCAUUCAUCUGUGCGUGCUAAUUUAGUCUCCUGUUCAUAAAAAUAACACAGUUGCUGUUGCAGUACGAGCGGAGUGUUUCAACUCCUUCUCGUUGAUGGCCUUCUUUUUUUCUUUGUUUGUUUGUUGUUGAUCAAUACACUUUGUAAUUUUCGUUGAUGAGUUCAUCAAGAUGAUAAUUUUGUACAAGUUGGGUUAUUAGAAACAAUAAAAGAAAACCCAUUAGAAUACGA